AAGCUGUGUUUUACCAAAACGAUCGCGAUUUAAUUCAUUUACUCGGUUUCUGUUUGGUCAACAACUGAGGCUUGUUUAUUAAACGUUAGAGAUCCGCUAACUGAGCUCAUUUUAACCUCGAUUUAAGACAAACAUAUCAAUUCUUCUACAUCUCGAUCUCUGUUUAUGCUCGACACAACCUUGUAUUUUAGAUGACGAAUGUUUAAAGACUUAUACAAGCUUUGCAGCUCCAGUCUGACGCAGAACACUCUGGAUGGGAAUAGAAGCAGGAUCUGUUGAGUGUGCAUGAGUUUACAGACAGUAGGCCUCUGGACGCAGUAGAUGGUUCUGCGGUCACUGAACAUACAGGGUUGUAUUCAGUGGUGUGGAGGUCUGCUGCUCUGAGAUGGCAGAUGCAUCAGGGAGUGGAUUUGAGGCGGAGCCUCUGAAGGGUGGAGAGGCAGAAGGGGGCGUGUCUAAGAAGAAAAGCUGCGCAGAAAAGCUGGGCUUGCCUCACCUGACGGGGUGGCGCACGGCUGCCUUCCUCCUCUCUCUGUUCCUGUGCCUGGCGGUGGUCUUCGCCUUUUCAUUCAUCCUUCCCUGCCCUGUUCGGCCUCAAUACUUUUCCACCUGGAACCACACGUUACCUGACGCAGCCACGUAUGAUUUCCUGGCUGUUGAGGACACAAAUGAAGACAAAGUCUUGGAUGUGUUGUUCAUCUACAAGGACUCUGAAGCCAGCCGCAACACGUGUUUGAGUGAAGAUUUAUCAAUCCCAUGUCUGGUUUUAACGGCUGCUGAUGGUACUGAUGGGAAGACACUUUGGAAAAGACCUCUAGCGGCUGAAUUUGAUUGGGUGGAGUGUGGCGUAAAGGGCCUCGGACGUCAAGGAACAGGAUGUCUGGUUGCUCACGCAGACAAUCUCACAGCUGUCGAUAAAAAGACAGGUGAGGUCAGGUGGCAGCGGUCACGUUCUACUGUGCUGAAUGGAAAUCUCCCACUGAUCACUACUCAAGAUCUGAACGCUGAUAAAGCAGACGACUUUGCCAUACUUUCAUAUAAUCCUGAAGCGCCAUCAUUCACAUCCAUACCGACCGAGCUGGUGUUUUUCUCAGGAAAGUCAGGUGAUCAGAUCGGCUCGAAGGUGAAUGUUGGUAUGGACGGGGUGUUUGGUCACCAGCAGUUCAAAACGGCCAGUGGCGCUCCAUACCUGCUGUUACUCACAAAAUCUGGACUCUAUGCGGUCAGUUUGCAACAUCUGACAAAGAUGGCCAAUGUGACGUCUGCGCUGAAGGAAGAGAAAAGCUGGAAGGAAAAAUCAGACAGAAACACUGGAUUGAUCUCCCUCUAUCAGUCUGAUUCUCUGAAGCGCGUGAUGGUUUUUCCCGGCAGUAGUUCUCCAUCGCUGCUGGUCCAGACGGACUCCAGCGUGUCACUGCUGCACACAGACAAACUGAAGAUCGCAUGGAGCACCAACACCAGCGCUCUGCUCAGUGCGCCAACAUUCGGGCAAUUCAACAAAGAUGGAAUUCCAGACAUAAUGAUAGAGGAAGACAUUGGCCAUAAAACCAAAAGAGUCUUGGUUCUCAGUGGAAGCUCUGGAGUGGUCCUGUGGGAGAUGAAUCUGUUGUUCUGGACUCCGAGUCCUCGUCCGGGGUCUGUCCUCACACUGAACACCUACUCACAUUCCAUUCUCUGA